AUGGCUUUCACAGCUACAGUGUUCUUAGAGUUUUGGAAGAGGCGAAGGGCUGUGCUAACCUAUGACUGGGAUCUUAUAGACUGGGAAGAUGAAGAGGUAAGAUUCAUAAAAAGUACGUUACAACAGCAGUUUUGAUGUCUUCAUUCAGGGUGCCAGGGUUUUUGAAGUUUUGCAUGUGCUGUUAGUAUAUUGUGUGAGUGCUGAGUUUGCCUUGAUUUCACCUGCCUAUGCACAUACACCCAAAUAUGUGUGGGCACAAUCUGGGCACUCCAUUUGCAGGGUACCAGAUCUUACGUACAGUAUCUGGUAUGGAUUUGAGUGAUGUGCAGCUUUUCAUGUGUGGAGGUCAGGGAUGUGGCUGCUGAUAUAGGGCCCAGCGAUCCCCAACAAAUAAAUAUCUAAAAGGGACGUAAUGUGUGAAAACAAAAUUUUAAAAUAGGACUACGAAUAAGACACUCAGCUGGCACUGAUAUCACAUUGCUUGUCAAAUAGCAGUUUUAAAGAUAUCUAUCUUCAGGGUUUUCCCAGAGCAGCUUAGUGUUAAAAUUCCAUAAUACCUUAUGAAGUGAUAUAUAAAGUAUGUGGAGCAUAUCAACGUGAAGGGAAGUAUUAAAAUUUUUCAUCAUUGUGCCAUAUGUAUACAUGCCAACCACUUCAGGCAUGAACUGAAAUAAAUGUUUGUAAUUGCAGGAAGAGCUUCGCCCCCAAUUUGAAGCAAAAUAUUCUCAAGUGGAACGAGUGAAUCCUAUAACAGGGAAGCCUGAACCUUUUCAACCCUUCCCUGAUAAACUUAGUCGACUGAUGGUGUCUGUGUCAGGAAUAUUCUUUAUGGUAAAGUCACUAAAAAAUAUUGGACAUUUUGUAUAGGAAUUACGGGCUAUUUCCUAUCAGCCUAAAUUGUUUAUAGUUCUUCUCAGAUUCAGAGGUAAUUCAUUAUACAGUAAAGUAAAAUAAGGAAAUGAAGGUCAUUGUUUGUGAUUUAAGACCAGGGCUAAACAAUUAUUUUAACUGAAAAAUAAACAAGCAGCUUGGACUUGAAAGAAAUGUGAUGAUUUCAUAGUAUUUACAAGCCUGUAAUUCUGUAGAAUCUUUUCCCAGUCAAUGCCUAUUUUUGGUAUAAAUAUUUUUAAUUUUAUCUGUUUGCAGAUUUCGUUAGUCCUCACCGCAGUGUUUGCAGUUGUAGUCUAUCGCCUUGUGGCUAUGGAGCAGUUUGCCUCUUUCCAGUGGUAUUUCAUUAAAAAGUAUUGGCAGUUUGCGACAUCAGGCACAGGAGUCUGCAUCAACUUUAUGAUCAUCAUGUCUCUUAAUGUUGUAAGUUCCCAAUCUUUAUUCAUAAGUGAAGGAUCGUCUGAGUAUAUACAAAAUGAAUUAAAAUGUAGAAUUGGUAUACCAUUUGUUCCUUGUGUAGGGCAGCAGCUGGGGGGGCAGAGAGUGGUGGGAUAGCAUUGCUUCCUUCGCUUCCCUGUUGGUAACUGAGGGGAGGGGGGCCUAGGUGAUGGGAAGGUUGGUGUGGUACAGGCGCAGUGGUAGAGUCAAUCCAACACUCACCAUGCCACACUUGUCUGACUUCUCUGCUGCCUUGACCCUCUCCCUUCCGGUAACCAGCAGCAACCUCUGCUUGGGGAAGUCAGUUAACAACACUGCCCCCAACCAGCUCUAACCCUCUGGCCAUUACUGGGCAGCACCUUCAAUUAAACAACCCAAUCUAAUAAAAACUAACUUCAAUUUAAGCAAUUCUAGUUUGUAAGCUAAAAUUGUAAACAAGUGGUCCAGUUUGCCAGUUUCUGGGACUCCUUAAUUUUGUUUCCACUGCAAUUCUGAAAACUAAUUAUAGUAUGAACUUGGCUUUGGCCUUAUAACCAAUCACUAACAACAUUAGCAAAUAUAAUUAGAUAUGAAGCUUUUCCUUACGCAGGCUGCCUCCAGAUAAAGUGUAUAUUGAGCAAAGCAUAUUUCCCUUAAUUUUGAUAUUACUUUCCCUAAUGUAUUUUGCGUGCUGUUUUCACUCAUAUAUGCACUUUAUGAACACUACGCUUUAGUGUAUCCAUUUUUGUACACAUUACUUGGCUUUGAGACUUGCAUUGCAAAAUUCGAGGUUUUGUAUUUCUGUUGGCAUAUUAGGUUAUUUGCCUUUAAAUGUUAACUGAGUCAAUUUUCUCCUCCAUCCCUGUUCAGUGCUGAGGCAAACUGAUUAGACUUUAGGCUUCCAAGUAUCUGAUUCUGAGGUGUUCUCUUCAAAACGCCCUUCUGGCAAAUGCCUGCCAUGACAAUAUUUCUCAGUAUCAUUGCAGAGGAACUAAGGAGAUGAGGAUCAUACUGAGAAACAGGCUUUUGAAACAUUAUUCUAACCAUUAUUCAUGUUGUUUGAAGUUCCAUAUCAGGAUCAAGGCAAGUAUAGGCAUGUUAGCAAAGAAAGAAAGUCAAAGCUCUUACAAAUAUGGAGACACUCCAGGAAAUAAAUAUUCGAUUUAAAUCUGGCCGUGCCCUAAGGCAAAUGCUCGUGUAAGAGGAAUGGGUGUGGAUAUACCUUUCAUGACUAUAUACGUCCCUGAGCUGACGCAUAUAAAACUAGAAAAUCUAGCCUAGGAAUUUAUUGACUUUGUUUGGAUAAGCGUGACACACAUAGUACUUUAAUUAAAUAUUCAACACCCUAAUAAUAUAUUUGAUACUACUUAACAGAAUAUCUGGCUAGAACACACUGAUUUUGAGGAGAAUAGUUGUAAUCAUCGUAGCCUGAUCUAGCUAAAGUUUACUAUUUAACACCCCAAUAAUAUUUCUGAUUUUAUUUAACAGAAUAUCAGGCUGGGACACAUGGAUUUUGAGCACGACAAUACUAAACACAAUGUCUUCAAUGCAUUUAAAGUUAGCCAUGAUUUUGUCCUGUGAAAAUCUUAGAGAACUAAGUUGCUUCUUCUGUUUUAUUUGGCAAGUUUCUGAUGAAGGAGCUCCAGAGCAGACAAAAAAAGUUAUUUCAAAGAACUAGAAACAAUCACCCACAAGCACAUCACAUAUACAUUUACAUUUAUUUAAUGGAAAACGUGUUUGACAGUGUAAUUCAAUACAAGUCUACAUGAAUGUUAGUUCCACUGAGUUCAGUGACGUUUACUAUCAAGUAAGUAGGCACAAUACUGAAGCUGAAUGUACUAUGUAGCUAGACUUGUAUAUUGUAUUUUAAGCAUCUUCAUAAAUAGCACUCAAAGUGCAGAUUCAUUUUAACUCUAUCCCCAGAGGUGAGUUUGUUACAUUAGCGCUCUGCACUGGAUGCAACUGAGUCCUGAACUGAAUCAGGCUGGUUUGGGGAGAAUCUGGUUGUUGGCUGAGCUGGGUUAAGAUAGCCCUAGCUCAAGACAGGACUGGUAAAAGGCCCAGAUCCAGGGCUGUCAGAGGGGUAGAGCAUAGGAAGCAGGGGCAGGCUUGAGUGGGAAAAGGGGGGGCUACAAAAAGGGGAGACCUACCAGGCAGCUGUGUGUUCCUGCAAGAAGGUAGGGGUGGGUGGAUGAAUACCUUUCCUGCCUGACUUCUUCAUCCCAGCAGGCCCCUCCUUUCCCUGUUCCCUGAAGCAACACCACACAAGAGGGUUUGAUCUUGUUAAGUGUUGGUUGCUGCUCUUUCAUGAGUGGCUCCCCUUCAUGCAGGGAAGCUGCCCACAAAAGAAUUUGUCAGAUUCACAUCAACUGAUUUCACAGUAAAAGUGAAUUAGUUAGUUUCCCAUUAAAAAUGCAACCAAAAUUAAAUCUCUCCCCCCACCGCUUAGUAUGCAUCUGUGCAUGCACACACACCUGUGGUAUAUUUUUCUCGAAGUCUUUCCAGAACUCAUUGCUAGGACACUUUUAUUCUCUUCUUAUUUCUUUUCCAGGUAUAUGAAAAAGUUGCCUAUCUCUUAACAGAUUUAGGUGAGUGAUUUGCACUGAUGAAUGUUUCCAUACUUGUGUUAGUAUCUGAUAAAGUGUCUAAUGACACAGAUAAUGUAACGUAUGCAAUUACAAGCUAUCGAUAUCUGGUGUGCCUGAAAGACAACGAAUCUGGUGAAAGGAAAAACAUCUCCUGAACCAAUAAUUGCAAGAGAUUAUUUAAAUUCAGAGGCCUUCUAAGAUGAUUAUGGUGAAUCAUACCUAAAUUUUGCCAAUAACUCAUAUGAAAGGUUGCCAAUACAUUGUCUAUGUGACUUUAUGCUAGGAAGAAAUAUGAGUUUAUGGCUUGUAUCCAAUUGUAUUCCUCUGCUAAUAGAAGGUUCCUUAAUGGAGUGGACACUUUCAUGAGAAGAAAGGGGAUGAGAGGUUAUCUGUAUUGAUUUUUCCCUUUGCUCUGCAGACCCAAAAUCUGCUUCAAAUGGUUGCAGAACCCUUGGGGCCAGUAUAGGAGGUGACCCAGAGGGGCUGCAGGAAAAAGGAGAAACUUGUUACAGUUACUCUCCCUCCCACCCCCCGUUUCCACUCAUGGAAGCCUUCACUGGAUCGAGAAGCCUCCGAUCAAUGGAGGGAUACCAUUUAGAUACAACUCUAGGUCUUUUAUAUGGUUAUUGUUUGUUUCUUGAAAGGAAAAAGUGCAGGUCAGCUCAGAUGGGGUGCUGAUAAGCUUUUCAAGUGUGUUGACAGCAAUGCUAAUGAUCACUUGGUGCACCUCAGCUUCUUAAGAUGAUUAUGAUGAUUAUUUGGAAGAAUGAGGAUUGCAACAUUUGGGCCUUUUUAAUUUAGGGUGGGAGGAGAAGGCAAGUAGGGAUUGACAUGACAAAAGUGUAUAAAAUUUUGUGAUGUGUGAAGAGGCCCAUUUUGAAAAUGGGGUGUUGAUUUUUGGGUUGAUUUGGGGGGGUGAGAGAGAAACUGCUAAUACAUUUUUGGAAGGGGGUUAUGGUUAGUUUACUUCAUAGGAUGAGUGUUGGGUGGUUUUCGUUUCCUUUGUCAUUUUUUACACUUUAAACAGACCAUUCAGUGUAGUAGCAACGCUCUCUUGCUGUAGCCUUCUUCCAGUGCCAGCUUCCCAUGAAACAACAGCAACAACAUUUCAAUGAAAAGAACUUGGUACAUAAAGGCUGCAUAUAUUGCAUCUGUCUAAAGGGACUUUAAAAUAUUAUUUGCAAAACAGCAGCACACAAUCCCAGCCUAGCCAUGAUCUCAACAAAAAUUGCCCUCGAUACAGCAAUUAUCAUUAGUUUAAAAAAAGAAAACUCCAAUUAGUAGCAAUAGUAAGUAGCCAGUGUUAUUAGUUGGCUGUAUUGGAACCACCACGCUCAUAGCAAAUACACUGAGGAAAGGGAUGGUUAAUGUUUAAUCUCAUGACUUUUUUGUAAUAUUUUAAUAUAAACAUUUAUCUUGUUCAGAGCAAAUGUAAAUGGUUGGUUUUUUUACAACUAAAAAUAAUCUUUAAACAGUGCAUUUCAAAUAUAGUGUCACAGACAGCUUUAUGUGUAUAUGGCAAUCUAGAUCUUACCUGCUAAAAGUUAGAAAUGUUUAUUUCCAGACUAAUGUAUAUUGUGAAUUCUGUUGCAUUUUUUUUUUAAUAGAACACCCUAGAACUGACUCAGAAUGGGAAAAUAGUUUUGCCUUGAAAAUGUUCCUCUUCCAGUUUGUCAACUUAAACAGCUCCAUUUUCUACAUUGCCUUUUUCCUUGGAAGGUACGUAUAUCUGAAAUGAGUUGAGAAGACUUCCGGGGUGGCGCCAUCGGUAAUGGCGGACUCCCUCUGAACUGGAGGGACCAGCUCCGCAUGAAACGGGUCUUUUCCGCUACGGCGAAGCGGGGACCCUUCUGGAAAUCACAGGCGGAUGAAGCCUGUGACCGUGGGACUCGGCGGGCACCCUUAGCGCCCCCCCAACCCGCAAAGGAACCCACUAACGGGCUCCGAAGCGAAGAGGGGGAAGUGGUGCGGUGCUGUGAGUCAAUUGCUUUUUCUGUGGAGCGAAGCCGCAUAGCCGUUGCCGGAGAGCGCUGCCUUUUUCCUGGGACAAUUUGGCAUCUAAAAUAACCACCCGUGAGUACUGGAACAUUGAACAUUUGGACUUUAAAUAAGAACUGGUGAAAUAGAAAGGAAUUUGGACUUAAAAAUUUACCUUAAUUUGGUACUGAAACGGUAAGGUCUAAACAGGAAGUCAGCCUUCCGUUUCCUUGUAGCCAGAAUAAAGCAAAGACAACAUAAACUAGAGCUUUAAAAAUCACUUUCAAAGGAUUGGUUUUCAUCAUUUAAAAUCGCUGAACCCCCCUUCGGCAGCAGGAGAAGAAGGGGGAUCUUUUUUGGGCUGUUUAAACCUGCAGAAGUGAGUUUAAAGCAAAGUAAUUUUCCACCGUCCUGAUCCUGGAGUGGGGUGUCAGAAUUGACAUUUGAAGCUCAUUGACUAGAAACAAAUGUCUUUGACAGAUAGUUAAAAGAAGAGAAACAUAGUGAUUCCAUUGUUUCGCAUUUUAAAAAGAACAAAUAUGGACAAAAUACCUUAAAAAAGAAACUUUGUUGCUAUUGUUUUUAAAAGAAAGAACAAUCAGAAGAGGGGGACUGUGAAAUUGUAACUAAUUCCUGGGAGCUUGCAGCUGCCACAGAUUACAACCGUGGGAAAGGAUUUGUGACCUUGCAGGACAAUGUCUUCAGAAGCACUGUUGGGUGCUCUCUGCAAAAUAAAUGCCCUAUUGGAUCAGUUAAGCCAGAAGACGGAUUUGAUGACUAAUGCGGCCAGAACCUUUGAACAGGUAGUGGGAAAUUAUAUGGAGCCCACCCAGGAGCUAAAACAGGAGUGUGCCAUGACAGAACAGCUGAGAGAAGAGGAUGCUGCUGAAUCUUGGGCGCCAGAGACGGAGGGAGCUGCGGCCCAGCAGGAACAUAAAUUUUUGGAUUUGACAAAUGAACUUGGAAAAAACCAGACUUGGAAAGAUAAAGUUUGGUUUGGUUGGGAAAUGGGGGGUUGGAUAGACCCCCCUAUACAGGGAGAUUUGGACUUUUCGAGUCUGGCAAUGGGCCGUCAGAUGUUUGGAGCUGUGGGGGCUCUCAAUUUUGGAGGGAAUCUGAAACAUGUUUUUAAAUACCACAUGGAGUCUAGUCUGGACUAUGGAAAAGGGGCUGAUUUGUUGAAAAGGGUCAAAAAUAUUACCAAGCUGGAGUUCCCACGAAUGAAAGGAAAAUAUGAAGAAGAGCUGCGGAAGGGACAUGGAAGAGACUUGAGGGCCUCGGAUAUAAGAUUACCAGGUUAAUGUGCUAGAUUAAUAGGAUAAAAAGGACUGACAAAACCCGGGACCAGGAGGAAGGGACGCUGGAUGAAGAUUGGAUUGUUUAUUUCUUCUUUUUUAUUAUUAUCAUUAGGAUUGUUCUAUAAAAUUGAUGAAUGCUAGAAAAAUGUUGAAAUGUUGUAAAAAAAAAAUGAAAUGAGUUGAGAAAAGCAUGUAAGAAACUCCCAGAACAAAAUAACAUUAUAUUUUAAAAUCUAUUGUUAAUAGAUGUUAUUUCUGAUUUAAAGUGCAUCCCGGUUUUUAAGGAGUGCUUCACCAAUCACUUACAUGGAGGGGAAAGGUGUAUGUAUUGU